AUGACCGUCAAGAUCACAUCUCUCCUCAUGACUAUCCUCUACGUUACGGGGUUGGUACUAAGUGCCCCUACGCCGAAAAACACCGUCUCGGAGCCCCUUGCCGCCAUCACAAAGCCCUCACAACCCCAGACCCCAUCAACCGAGCGAGCCUCAUGGGUCAACGAGAAGCGAGCUCGCAUCUUCAGAGUCGACAGGGCCUUGUUGGCAAAACUUUCCAAGAGCAAUAAGCCAUCAAAAUACUUCCUUGAUGCAACGCUCGAUCUUAUUGAGACGAGCCAGGACAUCGAGGGGGUUCCCGUCUUUGCCGGUGACAAGGGGAAGACGGUCACCAUUGAUCCAAACGGCGACCUGAUGGCAUCAUAUGGCUCAGAGAAGUUCGUUCCUGUCUGGGGCCACGAGGGGAAGCACCAUAGACAUCAUCAUCGUCGUCCUCCUCAUGACCUUGGUCAGAAAUUUGCCUUUUUCAUCUUGGGUUUCUCUCUUGCUCUUGCCAUUAUCUGCUCCUGUAUGAGAAGUCUAUGUUCUCAGGAAGAUCUCGAGACGACUAGUCCUGCCUCUGAUCCAAGUACGGCCGAAAAAGGGACGUCCUCGGAGGUCCGGAACGAGAAGGUCUAA